ACAAAGAUUUGUUUGAGCCAGUCGGUAAAUUGUAGUGUUGUGUGUGGGUUGGCUACUUGCAAACGAAAUAUUGCUGAGCCUGAACAUUUUCUGCUGCUUCAGCUUAUAUUUUACAAACCCAAUGUGUUAAAAUAUUAAGAAGAGUUAACUUCGGUGUUUUAGUGGCAACCUACUUACCUUUUUAGAACGACAAGAUGGCGGUGCGUCAGGAGGCGUCGCCGGCGCUGGGGUCGCCGCUGCUGCUGGAGCCCUACCCCGAGCCCGCGCCGCCGCUCGCCACCGAGGACUUCGAUGACCUGGAUGAAUUCGAAGAUGCAGAAGAAGAACACAUUGAAACAAUUAUGGAUCUCGAAACCGCAUUUGAAGAUUGCGAGGUGGCGAUAAGAAGGUUUUUCAACAAUGACAUUACCGGGGCUCUACACAUCAUGCAGCCGUGGGGCCGCACUUCAUUAUACCACAGCCUGGGCACGUCGAUCUUCGAGUUCAUCCCGGCCAUCCUGACCUUCGACCACGGCCAGAUCAACCGCGCCCUGGCCGCGCUCAAGGUCACCAUCUCGAUCUGCAACCAGCACCGCCGGAAUUACACCCUCGUCGAGAGCAUCGGAACUAUGAUUAAGAAGCCGAACUACGGCAUGUACACGGACCUUGAGGCUCACGCUGAGUUGUGCUACGCCGAGGCGCUGCUGCUGCAGGCCGCCAUGACCAUCAUGGAGGGCGAGGACCUGGCCGGCCUCAUCCGCGGCACCAUCAAGAUCAAGAACUGCUACAACAGCUACAAAGAGUGCGCAAAGAUCCUCGACAAGAAGACAUGGGAGUCGGAGGUGUCUCGCGUGAACUUCGAGUGUGGCGUGCGGCUCGGGGGCGGCACCUUCAACGUGAUGAUCUCGCUGCUGCCGCCACGGAUCAUCAGCUUGCUGGAGUUCGUGGGAUUUACUGGGAAUAAGUCCUUCGGUCUCUCCGAGCUCAGCCUGGGCUCUCAGUCGCCGGGGCUCCGCUCAGUGCUGUGUGACCUGACGCUGCUGGCGUACCAGCUCGUCAUCUGCCACUUCACCGGCGGCGAGGGCGAUCUGGACGCCUGUGACGCCAUCUUGGAACGGGAGCUUGAGAUCUACCCGGACGGCGUCUGGUUCCUUCUCUUCAAGGCCCGCCUCCAGUUCAUGCGAGGCCAGCUGUGCCCCGCAGUGCACACCUACGACCGCGCCGUCGUCAGCCAGGACAUGUGGAAGCAGUUCACGCACGUGUGCUACUGGGAGAUCAUGUGGAUCAACGCUCUGCAGAUGGAAUGGCGUCAAGCGGCGUCAUUCGCCAACAUCCUCAUAGAGGAGAGCAGUUGGUCUCGCACCAUCUACUCCUACUCUCGCGCCGCCAUGUUGCUUCAACUGGAUGAAGACAUGAAGAUACACGAGCGCACUCAAGCUAGCGACCUGCUGAGAAACGCCUCAUACUACAAGCAGCGCAUAGCCGGCAAGUCUCUCCCCAUGGAGAAGUUCGUGAUCAAGCGCUGCGCUCGCUACCAGGCCCAAGGCCGGCUGGUGUUGCCGGCGGUCGAGUUGCUGUGUCUGUGGAACAUGUUCGCUAUACUCGCCAAGAAUGAGAGGGCUGCGCAGGAUAUGCUCAAGCUAAUAGAGAAGACCCGGACGGAGUUCGAACGCGGGCCGCAGCCGUGGGAGGCGGGCUACGAGGCCGACAACCGCGCGCUGCUGCGCUUCCUGCACGGCUCGUGUCUCGCCGCCAUGGGGCUGCCGAGGAUGGCACUUGAUGUUCUUGACUCCGUGUUUGACCUCAAGUCCCAGCUGAAGGAGGACACGUUCCUGCUGCCGUACUCGGUGGCCGAGGUGGCGAUGUGCCACCACCGCCUCGGCGAUGACGCCAGAGCCACAAGGCUGCUGCAAGACGCCAGGAAGAAGUACUCGGGCUACUCGCUGGAGUCGCGGCUCCACUUCCGGAUGCACUCCAAGAUGCAGAUCAUAAAGGCACAGACCGGAAACGGAAAGUAACCAUCUUUAUUUAUGUUCAUUGCAUUUUGCAAACGUUGCCGAGUUUCUGUGUAGUUCUCGGGUUCACUAGGCAAUCAACAACUCCAUUAAGUUAACGAAUGCGGGAAAUUUAAACCAUGGUGUUUUAAGCAUUGCCUAGUGGAAAUGAGGCUUUAAAUUAACCAAAAUGUCAGCUUAAUCUUUAGUAAUUUUUCAGAGUCAAACAAUGGUAAAUUAUAAAAUACUUAGUCUCUUUUUUAUCAAUGAAGAAUAAUAUUAUAUUUUUAUUAUCUAGGUAUGGCAUAAUCAUAUCUUUCUUAUAAUUAUACGUUAUUAAAAAUAUGAUUCAUUGUGAAACCAAUUCGUCAUAGAGAAGAGAAGACUAGGUACUUACGUUUUACAGAAAGGAUUAGGCGCCACUGGCUGGAUAGACUCUUAUGUUUAAAAGUGUUACCAUUCUCAAGGGCUGUAAUAAUCGAAUUUGAAUACAGAGAUAGACCUAGAUAUACUUACCUUGUGUCACCUUUAACAUAAUAUAACCUGGCUUGGAUAUGUUACCUCGCUUAUAUGUAUGAGUGUGAGGUUGUACAAUUGACUCCAUAACAAUCUAAGUUACGUGCAAAUGUUCAAUUUUAAGAGUUAUAUUUAGACAAGGUACAAAAGCGUAUUUAUGUAGUCCACUGUACAUUGUGUUAAUAUUAUUAUUUUUGUUAUACGGUAUGUUGUUUAUGUUAUAAUCGAUUAUGUUCCCAAUCAAAUAAUAUACUCGUACAUGCUUCUUGAAAAUUUUAGGCUGUUUCCAUCAGUGGCCAUCACCAUUCAGUAUUUUUUUGCAUUCCAACAGGCGGUUACGAUUUCUGGGCUAACGUUUUUGUAUUGCUUUUUAUAAAAUAAAGGAAACCGGACAUUAUUUCGUUUGUAAGGGUGCAUUCAAAUAUAACUAGAGCUAGAGCGCGGCAGAAUAUGUCGAUUAUGAUAUAUUGAUUAUGUCGGCAAAUUAAUUAUGUCCCGGAUUUGCCGCAGUAUAUCUGAACGCACCUUUAGGCUUUGUGUGAUAAAACUGAUACAUGUAACUAGAUUUUAAGUAGAUACAAUAUAUUAUGAAUAAAGAUAAAUCAAUAUAUUUUUUGAUAGACGCAACAUUCAGAUCUGAGAGUCUUGUAUUGCAUGUUGACUAUUACAGUAGGUCUGCUAUCUUUUGAGUAUUUUAUAAAUAACAGAUAGGUAUAAAAUAAAACCAAUUAUAAAAUUACUAAAACAAAUAUAUUAGAAUACACUUACAGCUUAAUUAAUUUCAAGAUAACUUUGCAUUCCUAGUACUGUGGGGAGUAGUACCUCAGUCAAUACCACCAGUAAGUAUAUCUACGAAGGCAAAAACUUAAAAGUAAUUUUGCUGUAAGUAAUGCUUUUGAAUUCUAUAUUUUUAUACAUUAACAUAACGGUAAGACCAAAAGUGUUAUAUUUUUGUUGUUAGUAGUUUAUUUUUUUAUGUUUUUAUACAUACAUGUACAAUUUCAAAAAUUGAGAUAAUUUGGUAAAGUAUAGGCAUAAUGAACUUAUGGUAAAGUAUAGGCAUAAUGAACUGUAAUUUUUAUUUGUUUUUAAUAUAAUAUUUAUUACGAUCAAUUUUUCUAUUGUUAAAUACUUAAAUGGAAAUAGGUGCUAAUUUCUAGUAAAAACUACCUAUUAAUAAUGUUAUGUUGACUAUUAAUUUAUGUAUAUUUUGUUAUUUGUUAUAUUAUAAUUUAUAAUUAUGAGUAAGUGGUCGACAAAAACUUAGCAACAACCAAAUUAUUUUUCUGUAUAAAAUUUAAACUAAAAUCAUUGUUAUGAAUAAAUAAUUGUUUAGUGAAACUUUACAAAACUGAUACUUUUCAUUUGUUAUAGGAUUGUUAUUACUUAUUUUUUCUACUAUUUUGAGCUAAUUGACAAAAUGCAUUUAAAAA